AUGGUACGCGUUGGUGCGAAGCGCGAGCGUCCUUGUAUUCUCGUGCUCCAUGUCGCCUUGAGGGCCGCUGCGGGGCCCGCAAGGGAAGGACCGCAGCGCGGGCGUGAGGAGGGGACUAGCCUCUCGACCUCUCCGCGAGAGCGGUUCAUCUGGAAGACUUCGGCCACCGCGGAGGUAUACGCGAAGGCGGUGUUGCGCAGCAUACGUGCGUACUGGCAGCUGCUUGGUGGGGUACGCUACGCCGGCUCGGAUGCCUUGACUCUGGUCAGUGCCGUGUGGCAGGACAUCGACGAUGCCGCGCUUGGGGCAACGGCGGCAGCCCGAGCAGGAGGGAGCGUUGAGGGUGCUUCACAGUCGGCCUCCCCUCUGGCAAGUAACAUUAUAACCGGGGCCAAGCGUUCAAAGCAGCAGCAGCCGCGACAGCAGCGGAUGAGGGCAAGCAGGCGGCGCAGCGGCGUGCUGCGGUGCGCUGUGAAUCUCUCUCGCUCCGUCUACGGGGACGCUGGCGCGGCACACGUGCUGCGAGCCUCGUGUGCGUGUGUUACAGAGGCUACGGUAGCGGUGCCGGUGUCGCAACUGGUCGCUGAUGACGGUGCCGCGACGGUGGCAGCCGACGCUUCCAAAGACGACGGGCGAAAGAGGCGUCGCGGACGCACAGAGGAGGAUGUUGAGGAUGUGAUGCAGCAGACCUGCCACGCCGCCGUGCAUGUCACGCGUGUGGAGAACGUGUUGCCGUCGCGCCAGCGACGCUGA